CAGGCAGGAAGGUUCCACGUCACUCGUAAGGAGCAAAGCAAAUUAGCCACGGAUGCGGAGAUAAAAAAGAAACGGGGAUAACAGAGACAACUAAAAGAUUUCUUGACUGGAGUGUCUUGCGAAGACAAAGAGCUGCUUGGCACCAUGACGGCCGCGGAAAAUGUGUGCUAUACCCUUAUCAAUGUCCCAAAUGACUCUGAACCUCCUUCUGAGGUCAGCCUCAAAACUGAUCUAGAAAAGGGGGAAAUAAAGGCAAAGACGGAAGCUUUGAAGAAGGUGAUCAUCAUGAUCCUAAACGGAGAGAAGCUGCCUGGUCUUCUCAUGACCAUCAUCCGCUUCGUCCUCCCGCUGCAAGACCACACCAUCAAGAAGUUGCUGCUGGUCUUCUGGGAGAUCGUACCCAAGACCACCCCAGAUGGCAAGCUGCUCCAAGAGAUGAUCUUGGUCUGUGACGCCUACAGAAAGGACCUGCAGCACCCUAACGAGUUCAUCCGUGGCUCCACCCUGCGCUUCCUGUGCAAGCUGAAGGAGGCGGAGCUCCUGGAGCCCCUGAUGCCGGCCAUCCGCGCCUGCCUGGAGCACCGCCACAGCUACGUCCGCCGCAACGCCGUGCUCGCCAUCUACACCAUCUACAGAAACUUUGAACACCUGAUCCCAGAUGCCCCAGAACUGAUUCACGACUUCCUGGUGAACGAGAAAGAUGCCAGCUGCAAGAGAAACGCCUUCAUGAUGUUGAUCCAUGCUGACCAGGACAGGGCACUGGACUACCUAAGCACAUGCAUCGACCAGGUGCACACCUUUGGGGACAUUCUUCAACUCGUCAUUGUGGAGCUGAUCUACAAGGUGUGCCAUGCCAACCCAUCAGAGCGAGCUCGCUUCAUCCGCUGCAUCUAUAACCUGCUGCAGUCCUCCAGCCCUGCCGUGAAGUACGAGGCAGCAGGCACCCUCGUCACCCUCUCCAGUGCCCCCACCGCCAUCAAGGCUGCUGCACAGUGCUACAUUGACCUGAUCAUCAAGGAGAGUGAUAACAAUGUGAAGCUGAUCGUGCUGGACCGACUAAUUGAGCUGAAGGAGCACCCCACACAUGAGCGCGUUCUGCAGGACCUGGUGAUGGACAUCCUGAGAGUGCUGACCACUCCUGACCUGGAGGUGCGCAAGAAGACCCUGCAACUCGCCCUCGACCUCGUCUCCUCAAGGAACGUCGAAGAGCUGGUCAUCGUGUUGAAGAAGGAGGUGAUCAAGACAAACAACGUGACGGAGCACGAGGACACUGAUAAGUACCGUCAGCUGCUGGUGCGCACACUCCACUCCUGCAGCGUCCGCUUCCCAGACAUGGCCGGCAACGUCAUCCCCGUGCUGAUGGAGUUCCUGAGUGACACUAACGAGGCAGCGGCUGCAGACGUGCUGGAGUUUGUGCGGGAGGCCAUCCAGAGGUUCGACAACCUGCGGCCCCUCAUCACCGAGAAGAUGCUGGAGGUCUUCCACGCCAUCAAGACCGUCAAGAUCUACAGGGGUGCUCUGUGGAUCUUGGGAGAGUACUGCAGCAGCAAAGAGGACAUCCAGAGUGUCAUGACAGAAGUGCGGCGGUCCCUCGGGGAGAUCCCCAUCGUGGAGAACGAGAUCAAGAAGGAGGCGGGGGAGGUGAAGCCAGAGGAGGAGGUGAGCGCCGCUCCUGCCGCGAAGCUGGUCACAGAGAUGGGCACCUACGUCACGCAGAGCGCACUCAGCUCCUCGCGGCCCUCCAAGAAAGAAGAGGACAGGCCCCCUCUAAGAGGCUUCCUCAUGGACGGAGACUUCUUCGUUGCUGCCUCUCUGGCCACCACCCUCACCAAAGUCGCCCUAAGAUACGUGGCCAUCGUCCCAGACAAGAAGAGGCAGAACUCGUUUGUGGCUGAGUCCAUGUUGAUCAUGGCCACCAUCCUGCACCUGGGCAAGUCCUCACUGCCCAAGAAGCCCAUCACGGACGACGACGUGGACCGCAUCUCGCUCUGCCUGAAGGUGCUGUCCGAGCUAUCGCCCCUCAUGAACGACAUCUUCAACACAGAGUGCCGCAAGUCCCUCUCACACAUGCUGGCCGUCAGGCUGGAGGAGGAGAAACUCUCGCAGAAGAAAGAGUCGGAGAAGCGCAAUGUGAUCGUGCAGGCGGACGACCCCAUCUCCUUCAUGCAGCUGACGGCCAAGAACGAGAUGACGUCUAAAGAGGACCAGUUCCAGCUCAGCCUGCUCGCCGCCAUGGGCAACACGCAACGCAAGGAGGCCGCCGACCCCCUGGCCUCCAAACUCAACAAGGUCACUCAGCUGACGGGCUUCUCGGAUCCGGUGUAUGCGGAGGCGUAUGUUCACGUUAACCAGUACGACAUCGUGCUGGACGUACUGGUGGUCAACCAGACCAGUGACACUUUACAGAACUGCACCCUGGAGCUCGCUACACUGGGUGACCUGAAGCUGGUGGAGAAGCCUUCUCCACUCACUCUCGCCCCCCACGACUUCGCCAACAUCAAGGCCAACGUCAAGGUUGCAUCCACAGAAAACGGCAUCAUAUUCGGAAACAUAGUGUAUGACGUGUCGGGGGCAGCGAGUGACAGGAACUGCGUGGUGUUGAGUGAUAUCCACAUCGACAUCAUGGAUUACAUCCAGCCAGCAUCCUGCACCGACGCAGAGUUCAGACAGAUGUGGGCCGAGUUUGAAUGGGAGAACAAGGUGACGGUGAACACUAACAUCACAGAGCUGAACGAGUACCUGAUGCACAUCCUCAGCUCCACCAACAUGAAGUGCCUGACCCCUGAGAAGGUGAUGCCUAUCAAUGAUGCCCUGUCGGGCAUCUGUGGGUUCAUGGCUGCCAACCUGUACGCUCGCUCCAUAUUCGGGGAGGAUGCCCUGGCUAACGUGAGCAUUGAGAAGCCCCUCCACCUGGGCCCAGACGCACCUGUCAACGGACACAUCCGCAUCCGCGCCAAGAGCCAGGGCAUGGCCCUCAGUCUGGGCGACAAGAUCAACCUUUCCCAGAAGAAGACUGCGUCAUAGACAUGAAGCUUCAUCAUCAAUGGUGUACAUGACAGCUGGUGUGAUUGUGAUUCCCAUCCGACCAAGCACCACCCACCAUCCAGUCCCACCCACACAGUGCUCAGUAACCCCUCUCUCCCCUCAUCCCUCUCUCUCUUUCUGUAUCUUUCCCUUUCUUUCUCUGUAUAUUUCUCUUUCUCAUCCUCUUUCUAUUUGCACAGUGCUCUUGUCUACCCCCCCUCGUCUCUCUCUCUCUCUCUCUCUCUCUCUCUCUCUCUCUCUCUCUCUCUCUCUCUCUCUCUCUCUCUCUCUCUCUCUCUCUCUCCUUCCCCAUUCUCCGCUGGCCCUGUGGUGCUCCUCUCUCCCAGCUUGCUGGCCAGGGACUGUCAGUCCUGUUGGAUAUUGAGUUGGCAGGGGGAUUAUAAUUCUUAUUAUUGUUUAGAUUUCCACUAAAGAUAUCACUAUGCUUUAUCUCAGAUCCAUUCCCUUGUAUCCCCCUCUCCCCCUCGCCUCACUCAUCCAUGGAUUGUCCGUAAUACUUGUCUGUAACUUUCAAUAAAAAAUCAAAUGCAGAUUACCCAUA